AUGGAGGCAGAGUUGGUGGAGGUGUUCCGAUUGGCCAGCAAAGCUGCGGAUGCGGCGGCUGUGAAUGGGAAAGGCGGAGGGGCCGACGAAGAAGGGCGGUGCAUCGACGCCUUGCAGCGCCUCAAGUCCUUCCCGGUCACGACUCAAGUCCUCGUCUCCACUCAGGUUGGGAAAGGUCUUAGGCGCCUUACAAAACAUCCUAGGAAAAAGAUACAAGCUUUUGCAUCCGACUUGAUUCAGCAGUGGAAACAAAUUGUCAUGGAAGAAUCGAAAGGAUGCAAGAGGAAUGCAAGUGUGGACAAUCAUGAAUGUGCAAAAACUGGGGAGAAUAAGGUAGAAAACUCCUCCUCUUUCCAGUCGGAAGCAAAGAAAAGGAAAACCGAGCCAAAUGGAACUCCUGAUUCUGAAAAGCUGUCUCCUAAUCCUGCUCAGCCGGUGUCUGCUAUGGUGGCUAAAUACGACGACCUGAUGAGGGACAGAGCACGGGAACUUCUCUUCGAGGCUUUGUCCAGAGUUUCUGGUGAAGCCAGCAACGACAUCAUCGACGAGGUGAACGCAUGUGACCCAUCUAGCAUCGCUGUCUCCGUUGAGUCAACUCUGUUCCAAAAUUGGGGUUGUAUGAACGGCACCCACAAGAUGAAGUACAGGUCCAUAAUGUUCAACAUUAAGGAUCCCAACAAUCCGGAUUUCCGGAGAAAACCGCUUCUCGGCCACGUCGAGCCAGAGAGGCUCCUGAACAUGACCACGGAAGAAAUGGCCAGUAAUGAGAGGCAGCUUCGAAAUCAACAAAUAAAGGAGAGAGCUUUGUCCAGGUGUGAGCUAGGAACUGCACCAGAAGCCAUGAUGGAUCAACUCAACCGUGGCUGA